AUGUCUUCCAUUGAAAAACCCCCACAACCGCUCGACGAUGUCAGCUCCGACGAUAAGUUGACUGAAGACAGCAGCCUCCGUUACACUGCCUAUGCCAACCGAAUCAGAACCAUCUUAAGGGCAUCUCACAGAUACGUUGCUUACACCUCGGACAUUGGCGAGUCAUUCCGCCCAGUUGCACACCCGUUCUUGGUCAAGGCUGGAUACGGUGUCUCGUGGAUGUACAUCUUGGGAGACGUGUCGUACUACUCGUGGAUCGUGAAGAUGAAGUCUGAGGGCCGCUGGGCUCCUGGCUUGAGACCUUGGGACACUAACCUCCCUGCCAGAGACCCCCAGGCCGCCCAGGCGUUCUUGGCCUCCAACCCCAACAUGGUCGACAACAACUGGGGCAUCUAUGCUGUCAAGAGAGCGCUCUUCCAGAGUAUUGCCUCCAUGGGAUUGCCUGCGUUCACCAUCCACAGCUCGGUGCGCUACUCGUCAGUGUUGUUCAAGAACGCCCCCAAGACCUUGAAGACGUAUGGUCCAGUUGGUAUCGGGUUGGCAAUUGUUCCGUUAUUGCCAUACGUGUUUGAUGAGCCUGUGGAGGCCGCAGUGGACUGGGCCUUUGAAAAGGGUGAAGAAUUGUUGACCAACAAGCCAGCAAAGGUAUAG